CCGUAUGACGGAAGAGCUUUACUUUUGCCUGAAACUACAUCCGCCUGAACUAGGGCGCACUUUGAUGACGUCGUUACGCAGUUGGAAGUGAACUCCGAAUAUUUUACUGAACAGUUGCUCAAGAUGUUGAGGUUUAGUUUAACGCUCGUAAGACAUGGGGAAACGUACUACAACAGACAAAAACUUCUGCAAGGUCAAGGUGUCGACACACCCCUGUCAGAGACUGGUGUGCUACAGGCCGAAGCGGCAGGACAGUACCUCAAAGACAUAACAUUCAGCAACGUGUUCUCCAGUAACCUGCAACGAGCCAGACAUACAGCUGAAAUCAUUGUGGGGAACAACACUCACUCUUCAGGCAUGGACAUGGUGUUGGAGCCAUUACUCAGAGAAAGAAGUUUUGGCGUCGCCGAAGGGCAUCCAAAAGAGAAUUUGAAGAACAUGGCCAACGCUGCGGGUCAGUCCUGUCGUGACUACACUCCACCAGGAGGAGAAACUUUGGGUCAGGUGAAGCUGCGAUUCAAAAAAUUCCUCAAAAUCCUUUUCAAGCAAAUGUUGGAGGAACAUGGCUCGUCCGGGUCAGAUGCAUCCCCUGGAUUAUCAGAAGGGGUCACUGACCACGGGGUGGCGGCGGCCGCUUCCUCAGACUGCAAUUCUUGUGUAAAUGAAGGUCUGCACGGGGUCUCGAUACACACGCUGGUGGUCAGUCACGGCGCCUUCAUCCGCGUAGCUGUCAGACACUUUGUGGAGGACCUGAAGUGCUCGGUGCCUCCAGAAGUCAAGGUGUCUCAGCUCAUGUCUCCCUGUCCAAACACAGGUAUUUGCCGCUUUAUUAUUACUGUAAGCCAGUCGGAGUCUGGCCCAGUCCUCCACGAAGCACGGUGUAUCUUCACCAACAGAAAGAACCAUCUGGAAAACAUCCCCACUGAAUAGUGUAGAUCGGGAGUGUAGAAAAUAUCAAACUAAGACAACACCCAAGGGGCCCUUGGCUCUCCUGCAAUAUCUAUGACUAAAAAUUAGUCAAUGCAAAUAAAUACAAAUAAAUAAAAUUAGCAUUUCUUCAACUGACAGUCGUCUUCAACCUAAAUAAAUGAUCAAUAUGCUUUAAGCCCAAAAACACAACUAUAAAGUAAAUACUUGAAUUCUUCAUCACUGAACUGACUCUUUUAAAGCCUCACUUUUAAAGUGUAAGAGUACACUUUCUUUAACUUAUUUAAACCUGUAUACAGAGGUGUGCAGUUUCUGUACAUGUGACAUGUACAGUAUAGUGAAACCAUCAUUACAUCCAAUGGUAAAUGAUUUUACCUCAAGUGAAUGAGCAGAUCAAAGUACAGGGCAUUUCACAUUGUCAUUGUGUUCAUCAAAUCUGUAGAUUAGAAUAAAGGUGCAGUACUGUAUAACGCCAGUAGACCUGAAAGUCAUACCAUGUUUACAGAAAUGCCUCAUUUUGUUAAAUAUACCAAAGUCAGACUAUUUAUUGUUGUAUUAUUGUCCGAUGGUGCAGCUGCUCACUACAUUCAACAGUGCAAUAUCAAGUGGGAUUAUUUAAUCUCUUGGUUUCUAUUUUUGGGGUGAAAUCACUUUUGGAGUAAUUGUGUUUUUUUAUUUUAUUUUGAAGGGACCUCAAUAAUGACAGGUGUUUUUAAAGCUCCUGUUCCGACGUUUAUUAGUCACUUUAUUCUGUUUGAGUCGGUGCCGAGGAUUCAAUCCUGAACUACAUAAUAUAUUGUAAUCUAUUUAUGUUUUUAAUGUUGUCAAUAAACACAAAAUCAUAUUGGA